UAGUGGCGGGAAAAGCUACCGGUUUUGAAGCGUCUUUCCUGACUGAGCGGAGGUCUUCCGGCGCCCAGCGAUGGAGGAGCUGCCAGCGGAGCCGGCAGACGCCGUCAGGGACGGGCCCAGCGCGCAGGCGACGCGCAGUGAGGACCGCAGGACCCUGCUGCUCAGGCUAAGAGCCCAAACUAAACAACAACUCUUAGAGUAUAAAUCGAUGAUUGAUGCAAAUGAAGAAAAUACUCCAGAACAAAUCAUGCAAGAAAAGCAAAUUGAAGCUAAAAUUGAAGACCUGGAAAAUGAAAUUGAAGAGGUAAAAACCAAUCUUGAAAUAAAAAAUCUUGCAUUGGACAGGGUGCGACUUUCAAAUGCACUUCAAAAAAACCUGGAGAAAAUUGAUGUCAAAAAUAGUGUGCUCAUAGAUAACAUGAACCAAGUAUUAAAGCUAAGUAAAUUAAUAAUGAAAUCACAACAGGAAUCUUGGGAUUUAGAGGAAAAACUGCUUGCUGUUAGAAAGAAGAGAUUGCAAUUAAAACAAGCUUCAGAAAGUAAGCUUUUAGAAAUACAGACUGAAAAGAACAAACAGAAAGAUGAUUUGGACAGUAUGGAAAAUUCAGACAAGAUAAAGAGCAUACAGCAAAAUCUACAGAUGGAGAUACAAAUUGCUACAGUUAUUCAACAUGUGUUCCAGAACCUCAUUUUGGGGAGUAAAGCCAAUUGGGCAGAGGAUUCUGCCUUAAAGGAAACUGUUCUGCAGCUUGAGAAGGAUCUCACCAUGAUGUAAUAAGAAUUCUAUUUUGGCUUCUUUUUGUUUUUGUCUUUGAUAUGUAAUUUCAAUAGCAAAUUGCAAAUGAAAUGUAUUUUAAAUGUUUUUGGAAUUAGUCUAAUACUGCAUGUUUUUUCGCUUUACCUACCACUGUGAUAGAAUCUAUUGUUUUAAAUAUGACAAUUAAAGUA